AUGCACCUUCCAACAAUCCAAGCCGUCCUCCCGACCUUCCUCCUCCUCCUACACCCAACCCCAACCCUCACCACCCAAUCCUUACUGAACGCCCCCAAAUCUGGCAACCCAGUAAUAGAAGGCUGGUACGCGGACCCGGAAGCCCGCAUCUUCGACUCCACCUACUGGCUCUACCCGACCUUCAGCGCCGCCUACGAAACCCAAACCUUCUUCGACGCCUUCUCUUCCCCGGAUCUGCUCACCUGGACCAAACACCCAACCAUCCUCAACCUCACCGCCAUCCCCUGGUCCACCAACCGUGCCGCCUGGGCCCCCUCCGUCACCCGCUCCCCGCUGACCGGGGACUACUUCAUGUACUUCUCCGCGGGCGACGGGGCGGGCAUUGGCGUUGCGAAGUCCGUCUCGGGGAUGCCGCAGGGUCCCUACGAGGAUGUGCUGGGCAAGCCGUUGGUCGGGGAGACGGUGUUCGGGGCGGAGCCGAUCGACGCGCAGGUGUUUGUUGACGAGGACCAAAGGGUUUGGUUGUAUUUCGGGGGGUGGAGUCAUGCUGUUGUGGUUGAGUUGGGAAGUGAUAUGGUUAGUCUCAAGGGUGAGUAUUUGGAGAUUACGCCCAAGGACUAUGUCGAGGGGCCUUGGGUUUUGAAAAGGGGUGGGGUUUAUUACUUUAUGUAUAGUGUUGGGGGAUGGGGGGAUAACUCCUACGGGGUUAGCUAUGUUACUGGGCCUUCGCCGACGGGUCCGUUCUCUAGUACGCCGACCAAGAUUCUGCAGGGCGAUGGCAUCGUCGGACAGAGUACGGGCCAUAAUAGUGUUUUUACCCCAGAUGGGAAGGAUUACUAUAUCGUCUACCAUCGCCGGCCGGUUAAUGAUACUGAGCGCGAUCAUCGGGUGACUUGUAUUGAUCGCAUGGAGUUCGAUGAGGAGGGCAAUAUUUUGCCAGUGAAGAUUACGUCGGAAGGUGUCGAGGGGAGGCCGUUGGCUUAG